AUGGUCUCCAAGGCCAUUAAGGUUGCCGUUUACGGCGCCGCUGGCGAGUCAGCGGGCCUGAUCGUAGAUCAGCUUCUCGCAUCAACGACUCCGUGCUUUGAAGUCACAGCUCUAGUCCGGCCCUCUUCAAUUUCGAAGCCUGCCUAUGCUAAGCUGGCCCAGCGCGGUGUCAAAGUCGUAGCUAUCAAUUUAAAUGGGCCAGACGUUGAAGCUGCCAGGGUUUUAGAAGGCCAGGAUGUCGUCGUUGCUUCAGUGCCCCCCAACGCGCUCGAUUCCCAACUCCCCCUGAUCCGAGCUUCCAAACUCGCAAACAUCAAUCGGUUCAUCCCAACCGCUUUUGCGAUGGCUCUUGACCCAAACGGUAUCUCUACUGUACAACCCAUGAAAGAGAAGAUUUACCAAGAGCUUGAAGCAUGCCUAAUUCCCUACACUGUCAUCGAUGUCGGGUGGUGGUACAACGGCUUCAUACCCGAGGUGCCAUCUGGGAAAACUGAUCAUGCCAUUGCGCUUCCGGACUUCCUCAGGAACUUGGUCCCUGGAGAUGGAAACAUGAAAUCCUAUGUAAUUGACAACGAAGACGUCGGAAAGUUCGUCACUCGCAUCAUUGUCGACCCUAGGACUGUCAACAAGCGGGUUAUGGCUGCGGGAGCAAGCAUGUCUUUCAACGAAAUGUUUGCCAUUGCUGAAGAGCUUACGGGCGAGAUUGUCACCCGAAAACAUGUUUCGGCAGGAGAGCUGAAGUCGAUGAUCGACGGCGCAGCCACCCAGGUCCAAAGCGAUCCAAGUAACUACCUUCUCCUUGUCGGCAGACUGUGGCUGGAAUAUUACUACUCCUCCUUCAUUGACGGCGACAAUAGCCCUGAAGGUGCUAAUCGCUUGGGUUAUAUCAUGGCUGGAGAUCUGUACCCUGAUUUCAAGUCAACCACCUUCCAGGACUUUUUCCAAGAGACCUUGGACGGCAAGAGACGGAUCCCAUAUUCUGCUAAAUGA